AUGACCUGGAUGUUGACUCCAUCUUCGGAUCCAGCAGGGCCUCCGGCACCCGGGCCGGCCCGGGCCGUCGCCUUCCUGCUGGCCAUUCCGUGCUGGCGCCGGGGUGCUCACAGGCCUGGCAUGCGCUUGCGACCGGUGGAUGGCGAACUCAGUAUUUAA